GGGGGAGGAGAGGGAAGGGAAGACCUCGAGCUGGCCGAGGUGUGUAGGAUGCACUCCUGUAUUCUACUGGGCUCUCUGUGGCCACCAACUCCGGCCGGCCGAGCGGACCAGGGUCGGGUUGGGACUGCCCGAUGUCCGGAGAAGGAUUGGGGCUCUGCUCCCGUGUUCCUCAGCUGUUCUCAGCUCUGUGGGGCCUGAGGGAAACCCUGAAAACUAGCGCUUUAAAAAUCCCCUUUUCACGCCCCCGCCGCAGUUAAGUUUGGCCCUGGGUUUUGAGAAUGAAUACGAGCGCCAGAGGGACCUCUCCAUCACACCUUUAGGGGUGUAAGGGUGAUCCGAUUCGCUCCCCUCCCCCCCCCUUUUUUUUUGUUUUUGGAUGGGGAGUGUUGAGCGAUUUCUGCUGCAAGUAUUGAUCGAGCCCUCGGGAGACAUUUCCCGGAGGUCGCCUGUGUUUGGUCAAGGGUGCAUCCAGAGGAGGCAGCCUGCUGUGAGCCCUGCAGGGUGAGAAGUGUCACAUUUGAAGACGAGGAGUACUGAGCCUGAGGAAUCAACUGAAAAGUGUGAAAAUUUUGGAAAUGCAGACUCUAAGUGGCCAAAAAUGGAAGGUCUUCACAAAGAUUAUAUGCAGGAAUCUAAAGUUGGUGAAGCUUAUGAUUGGGAUAGCAAGGUAGAGAAUCAACUGGAAAAGACUGAGGGAAAAAGAAUGAAGGAAGAGAAAAGUGGCAUCAGGGAAAAGAUUGGUAAAGCUAAGAACAUGGCAAAUAUAAAGACAGAACAGGAAAAUGAGGCAUCUGAGAAUAGCUUACGUUUGAGUUCAAAACAAGUUACACGUAAAACUGUCUCUGUAGAACAGGAAAACAGUGAACAAGGGAAAUGUGUGGAGAACAUUAAUGGAAACUCUCAACCCAGUCUACAGCAGAAAACCAGUACUGUUAAGAAAUCACACAAAUGUGAUGAAUGUGGGAAAUCCUUCAAAUACAAUUCCCGCCUUGUUCAACAUAAAAUUAUGCACACUGGAGAAAAACGCUAUGAGUGUGAUGACUGUGGAGGGACUUUCCGGAGCAGCUCAAGCCUUCGAGUCCACAAACGGAUCCAUACUGGGGAGAAGCCGUACAAGUGUGAGGAAUGUGGGAAAGCCUACAUGUCCUACUCCAGCCUUAUAAACCACAAAAGCACCCAUUCUGGAGAGAAGAACUGUAAGUGUGAUGAGUGUGGAAAAUCCUUCAAUUAUAGCUCUGUUUUGGACCAACAUAAAAGAAUCCACACUGGGGAGAAGCCCUACGAAUGUGGUGAGUGUGGGAAGGCCUUCAGGAACAGCUCGGGUCUCAGAGUCCACAAAAGGAUCCAUACAGGGGAGAAGCCCUACGAAUGCGACAUGUGUGGAAAAACCUUUAGUAAUAGUUCUGGCCUUAGAGUCCACAAAAGAAUCCACACGGGUGAGAAGCCCUAUGAAUGUGAUGAGUGUGGGAAGGCUUUCAUUACUUGCAGAACACUUCUAAACCAUAAAAGCAUCCACUUUGGAGAUAAACCCUAUAAAUGUGAUGAGUGUGAGAAGUCUUUUAAUUAUAGUUCUCUCCUUAUUCAACAUAAAGUCAUCCACACUGGAGAGAAACCUUAUGAAUGUGAUGAGUGUGGGAAGGCCUUCAGGAACAGCUCAGGCCUUAUAGUACAUAAACGGAUCCACACAGGAGAAAAACCUUAUAAGUGUGAUGUGUGUGGCAAAGCCUUCAGCUAUAGCUCAGGCCUUGCAGUCCAUAAAAGCAUUCACCCUGGGAAAAAAGCCCACGAAUGUAAGGAGUGUGGAAAAUCCUUCAGUUAUAACUCACUUCUUCUUCAGCAUAAAACCAUUCACACUGGAGAGAGACCUUACGUAUGUGAUGUGUGUGGGAAAACCUUCAGAAACAAUUCAGGCCUCAAAGUCCACAGAAGGAUCCAUACUGGGGAGAAACCUUAUAAAUGUGAUUUGUGUGGGAAAGCCUAUAUCUCACGCUCUAGCCUUAAAAAUCACAAAGGAAUCCAUCUUGGAGAGAAGCCCUAUAAAUGUAGCUAUUGUGAGAAAUCCUUCAACUAUAGCUCUGCCCUUGAGCAACAUAAAAGGAUUCAUACUAGAGAGAAACCCUUUGGGUGUGAUGAGUGUGGAAAAGCCUUCAGAAAUAAUUCAGGCCUUAAAGUACAUAAACGAAUCCAUACUGGGGAGAGACCUUACAAAUGUGAAGAAUGUGGGAAAGCCUACAUCUCGCUCUCAAGCCUUAUAAAUCAUAAAAGUGUACAUCCUGGGGAGAAGCCCUACAAGUGUGAUGAGUGUGAGAAAGCCUUCAUCACAUACCGAACCCUAAUAAACCACAAAAAAAUUCAUCUUGGGGAAAAGCCCUUCAAAUGUGAUGUGUGUGAGAAAUCUUUUAAUUACACCUCACUCCUUUCUCAACACAAAAGGGUCCACACUAGAGAGAAACCCUUUGAAUGUGACAGGUGUGAGAAGGUCUUCAGAAACAACUCAAGCCUUAAAGUACAUAAAAGAAUCCAUACUGGGGAGAAGCCCUAUGAAUGUGAUGUGUGUGGAAAAGCCUACAUAUCACACUCAAGCCUUAUUAACCAUAAAAGUACCCACCCUGGCAAGACACCCUUUACGUGUGAUGAAUGCGGAAAAGCUUUUUUCUCAAGUAGAACUCUUAUAAGUCAUAAAAGAGUCCAUCUUGGGGAGAAACCCUUUAAAUGUGUCGAGUGUGGGAAAUCUUUCAGUUACAGUUCACUCCUUUCUCAACACAAGAGGAUCCACACGGGGGAGAAGCCCUAUGUAUGUGACUGGUGUGGGAAGGCCUUCAGGAACAGCUCAGGCCUCACAGUGCAUAAAAGGAUUCAUACAGGUGAGAAACCCUAUGAAUGUGAUGAGUGUGAGAAGGCAUAUAUCUCACACUCAAGUCUUAUCAACCACAAAAGCAUCCACCGUGGGGAGCAGCCCUAUAAUUGUGAGUGUGGGAAAUCCUUCAAUUAUAGGUCAGUCCUUGACCAACACAAAAGGAUCCAUACUGGAAAGAAGCCAUAUAGAUGUAAUGAGUGUGGGAAGGCUUUUAAUAUCAGAUCAAAUCUUACCAAGCAUAAAAGAACCCAUAGUGUGACAUAUGUGGGAAGUCAUAGUAACACAUCACAGAAGAGAACCCUCGAGGGAGGGAAUGUUCUGGAUGGGACCAGGAUGAGACUAUCUCUGUAGAAGGUAGAGCGUACCAAGUCAAAGAGCUCAAAGGAAAGAAAAACCUUGUGAAUGUAAGAAUGUCUGAGAUCCUUAUUAAUGGCUUAUAAUUUACACAGUGUAAAUGAAAUUAUUCUAGAUGAUCAUGAGUAAUCUUUCCAAUGUGAUUCUAAGUCAUGUCAACAAGAAAGGCUUUCAUUGUUAAGGUAGUUGAGCCCUUAUAGAAUAUAAAAUAGUUUAUAUUGGGAUUACAACCUCUCAAGGUGAUGGAAUGUGAAAAGAAUCUUCAAAAUAAGCAUAGACAUUUCUGGACAUAAAAGAAAACACAUGGAUGAUGAAAGGACUUCAGUUAGGAAUCACAUAAUUACCAUCAGAAAGUUCAUAUUUGGGUAAAUUUUGUGAAUAGAGAUAUAGGCAAUUUGGGUAUAGCUUUGAAUCUCAAUUAUAUAUCGAUCAGUGGAAAAGCCCAAGAAGGGCUUCCAAAAGGUAAAUUCAGGGAGAGACUGGCUUCAGGGGAUGUAUUUGAUAGUAGUGAUCAUGAAGUAUGAACUUGGUAUAAUUGAAUGAGUUGGGGAGGAUAAUGACAACUUGUGAAACAAAAUCGGGAUUUCAGUGGCAGAAAAAUAAAAGGUGUAAACUACUAUAAAUUUGUCAGGAGAUAGGAGAGUUACACUUAAAAAAUGCAAGUUGACUGUAAAGUGCUCUUGUAGUAAAAAAUGCGACGCCGCCGAGUCGAUUCUGACUCAUAGUGACCCUAUAGGACAGAGUAGAACUGCCCCAUAGGGUUUCCAAGGCUGUAAUCUUUAUGGAAGCAGACUGCCACAUCUUUCUCCUGCAGAGCGGCUUGUGGGUUCAAACUGCUGACCUUUCAGUUAGCAGCCAAGCAUUAAACCACUAUGCUACCAGGGCUCCUAAUGUUGUAAUACACUAGUUGAAUUAGUGAAACUUUUUAGAAAUUUCAAAUGGAUCCCCUCAAGAGACGAUGAAUGUCUAACGAAGGUGAAAAGUUUAAUUUAAAGGUGGUAUUCACACUUUAUGCUAUAAUAAAAGGUUCUACCUUGGACUGGAUUUCAGCACAUUCAAUAAAUAUGGAACACAUCCUCAACAUGAUUUCACACCUUACACAACAGAAAGAAUUAAUUCAGGGAUUUUGUAAAUAGGAAUGCGGGAAGGGAGGGCAUUUCACUGCAGAAGCUAAAAGGCUAAGUAGCUACCAGUAAUUGAGGAAAUUCAUGCAUUAUAAUUAAUCCUGUUAAGUGUUUGUUUUGGAAUGUGUUUUUGUAAGGAUUUCAUGCACUCGUAUGUAUUUUGUCUGUUGUAAAAUAAUUAUGAAUACUUUGUUCAGGGCUUACUCUGCCCUGAAGGCCAGAUAGUUAUGGUGAGGUAAGGUGGAAGUCCAAUGAAGAAAUUCCUCAAAGGUAAACAGGCUAUGACUUACUUGAGAUGGAGCAGUAUCCAGAUCAGGGAGGGGAGCCAGGGUAUCAUCCCACAGGGCUAGCAUAGGAUUCAUGAGAAGUUAGGUGGUACUCCACCAGGAGUUGAGUGGCCCACGUAAGCCUUGUGAUUCUCAUACUUGGACUAGAUUAUAACUUGUGGGAAGGGAUAGGCUGUAUGAGUGAUCAGUCACCACACAGAAACUGUUUCUGAUAGAACAGAAGUUAACAUGAAACAUUGUUAACUAGUUAUAAAGGUGCUAAUUAGGUAACUCAGAGAGUAGAAGGGGACUCUUCUGAGAGUUAAGUAACCUGUCCAAGAGUACUCAGAGUGGAGCCAGUUCAUUGGAGAAUGAAUUCUAAGUAAAUUCUUUCUGGCUCCAAAAUGCACACUCUUUACGGUAAGUUUGAUAGAUGGAGAGAGGGGGAAAGAGAACGUGUGAAGAUAGGAAAAGAAGGAAAGAACAUUUCUGUGACUCCACUUAGGAGUGUUGUGACCACACUUGCUCUCUGUUCUUCUCUGCAUUGAUUCCCAGUGGUCCGCAGGGCCCAGAUUGAUCUUCCCUUUUGCUGAAGAUGAGACCAGCUCUGAAUUCAACCAUCAGGUUACCUGAAGUUUCCAUGUACUCCACGUGAGCCAGGGCAAUGGGUGUGCCGGUGGCUUGAGGUCCACCCUGCACACGUGUACUUGAGCUCCAUCUGGACCUAAAACACGACCUACUUUUGGGGAAAACAAGUUAAAUAACAAAGGAAAGAAUGGCCACCAUCCAGAUGGGGAUUCAGAGUGCUUCUUUGUUCUGCGCCCAGGGACAUUCUCUGCCUUUUGCCACCACUGACUCAGGAUGAGGAACCCCUGAGGACCUACACCUUCUGGUGCACAGGAAAUGGACUGAAGGGCCUCUUGCUGGGCCUUGAGUGCUACUGAGGGGCAGAUACAUGCCGCUUGGGUUGAUCCAGGACAUGGAUGGGUCUCUGGUUCUGAAGCCACCCCAGGCAAACAUCAUGGCAUGGAUCCAGUGAGCUGAUGUGGCUGCAUCCCCUCAGGUCCUCUUCAGGACUCAAGCUGGUUUAGCCUCCCCCCAGUCCCCACCUUUUAGAAUAAUGAUAUAUGAAAUAAAGUUGAUAACAUGUAGGUAAAUCAAACACUGUAUAAAAAAAUUAAUAGUGUCUAGUUUGUAGGGCUAAAGACACUUGAAAUAUUAGACGAUAGUAGAUAACUUGGAAGCUGCAUAAAAAUGGCCUAAAGUGCUUGCAUUAUGUGGGAGGAGGGUCAGGUAUUGGUUAAAUCUAGAUUUUAUUAAAUAUGUAUAGUAAAAUGUCACAGGCAGUCACUAGAAGGAUAGAACCAAAAUAUAAAUUUAUUUUAAAACUGAGCUUUAUAUAGGUCAAAAUGGGAAAAAAAAAAAAAUCUAGGAAAGAGGUAAAAUACGUAGAAAAGGCGGGACAAGAGUUUUUGGCAAAGAUAGGCUAGGUUGUUUGAGUCAGAUUCCCAUCAAAAACAAUGAAAAGGAUUCCAUAGAUAGCCCUCCUAAGAGCACAUUGAAACUGAAAAGACAGCGGGUAAUCUCAGGACAGCUUUAGAAUGGGGUCCUGUGAUCAGAGAGAAGAACACCACAUUUGGGUGCCAGUUCACAAGCUACAGUGGAUGACAGGGACAGAAGAUCAGGGCCUGGCCGCCCAAGGAAGUGAUUUUUAAAGAAGACCUUUCCAAUGUUAAACAGGGUCCCCAAAGUGCUACACUCUUAGUAUAAAAUAAAGCAGAUCUAAACCCACCCCUCCCCUGACCUCAGGGGGCAGUGGAGACAGCUGCUUUGUUACUGAGUAGAGCCCUGGAAGAAAAUAUCCUGGCAGCCCUUAACACAACCUGAGACCUGGCAGAAAAAAAAUAAAACUUGGAAGAAGCCUUUAAUCUAGGUAGCCCCCAUAAAUAUUUUUUUCAGGGACAAUGACCAGCAAGCAGUCAAAGGUAACCAGGCACAUAAAGGGAAAAAAGGCACCACGAAUGAAAACCAGCAGAAAAGAACAGACCGACAUACACUUAACAUACUGUAUGAAGUACAUUUGUGAAAGCAGUUCUUAAAAUGUUUAAAGACUUUUUUUUUUAAUUGAAAACAUAGGGAGCAGAAAAUUAUUAGAAGUAAAAUUGCACAUUUAAAAAAGAGCCAAUCAGAACUUCAAGGCUUCAAUGAGAGGUUUAACAUUUGAUCUCAGAAGUGGACAGAAUGGAGCAAAGGGAAUGGGGCUGUGAAUUUUCCAGAACUGAUGGAAAAUAUGGUUUGCACAUUUAAAAGCGCAAAGAACAUAAAGCACGUGUCUUGGUCAUCUAGUGCUGCCAUAACAGAAAUACCACAAAUGGAUCGCUUUAACAGAGAAAUUAAUUUUGCACAGCCUAGUAAGUUACAAGUCCAAAUUCAGGGCGUCGGCUGCCCAAGGGAAGGCUUUCUCUCUGGAAGGUCUUUGUCCUCAAUCUUCCCCUGGUCGAGGAGCUUCUCAGGUACAGGGACCCUGUGUUCAAAGGACGUGUUCUGCUCCUGGUGUUGCUGUCUUGGUGGUAUGAGGUCCCCAACUCUCUGCUUCCUUUUCCUUUUAUCUCUUGAGAGAGAGAAGGUGGUGCAGGCCACACCCCAGGGAAACUCCCUUUACCUAGGAUCAGAGAGGGGACCUGAGUAAGGGUGGUGUCACAAUCCCACCCUAAUCCUCUCAACAUAAAAUUACAGUCACAAAAAGGAGGACAGACACAUAAUACUGGGAAUCAUGGCCUAACGAAGUUGACACAAAUUUUGGUGAGGACACAAUUCAAUCCAUGACAGCAGGAUAAUUUUUUUUUUUUAAUUACACCUUCAGUACACAUAUUGUAACUGCAGAAAGGAAAAAACAAAUGUUAAAAACAGGUUAAAAACAAAUUACCUUAGAAAGAAAUGUUAGACUUCUCAACAGCAACAAUGAAAAUCAAAAAACGAAUGAAUCAUCUACCCGGAUAUAGAACUGUCAACCUAGAAUUUUUUAUACCCAAUGGAAGUAUCUUUCAAGAAUGA